AUGCUCCGAGGACCCGCGGCCGUGGCUCCCGCCGCCGGACCGCCGCCGAAAGCGAUGGCCGCGCUGAGCCCCUCGGAGCUCUGGCCCCCCGGCCUCGGCAGCCCGCAGCUCUGCCAGACCACCGCCUACUACACGCCGCUGUACCCGCAGACCGUGCCUCCCGCCGCCGCGCCGGGCACCUGCCUCGACGCCACCCCGCACGGCCCGGACGGCCAGGCUGUGCGCUGCGUGCCCGCCGGCCGGCUACCGGCCAAAAGGAAGCUGGACCUGGAGGGGAUCGGGAGGCCUGUGGUUCCUGAAUUCCGGACUCCCAAGGGGAAGUACAUUCGCUUGGAUGGUCUUCCCAGCCCCAAAACUCCCAAGUCUCCUGGGGAGAAGACUCGGUAUGACACGUCACUGGGUCUGCUCACCAAGAAGUUCAUUUACCUCCUGAAUGAGUCUGAGGAUGGGGUCCUGGAUCUGAACUGGGCAGCGGAAGUGCUGGACGUGCAGAAGCGGCGCAUUUAUGACAUCACCAACGUACUGGAGGGCAUCCAGCUCAUCCGCAAGAAGGCCAAGAACAACAUCCAGUGGGUAGGCAGAGCACUGUCGGAAGACCCCACCCGGCCUGGGAAGCAGCAGCAGCUGGGGCAGGAGCUGAAGGAGCUGACAAGCAUGGAGCAGUCCUUGGACCAGCUCAUCCAGAGCUGCUCUCUGAGCUUCAAGCACCUGACGGAGGACAAGGCCAACAAGAGACUGGCCUAUGUGACCUACCAGGACAUCCGGGCUGUUGGCAACUUUAAGGAGCAGACAGUGAUCGCUGUCAAGGCCCCUCCACAGACAAGACUGGAGGUGCCCGAGAGGAACGAGGACAACCUGCAGAUCUACCUGAAGAGCACCCAAGGGCCCAUUGAAGUCUACCUGUGCCCGGAGGAGGUGCAGGAACCGGACAGUCCUGCUAAGGAGCUCCUGCCCUCCUCCUCCACCCUCAGCCCUGUUUGUGACUCCACCCAGCCCAGCAGUAGCAUCACCCCUGGCAUUUCAGAACCCGUGGCAUCUCCAGCCCCGCCGCCACCACCGCCGCCACCACCGCCGCCGCCAAUGCCCCUGGUCCCGCUGGAGGCCACUGACAGCAUGCUGGAGCUGCCACACCCGCUUCUGCAGCAGACAGAGGACCAAUUCCUGUCCCCAACCCUGCCCUGCAGCUCCCCUCUGAUCAGCUUCUCCCCACCCUUGGAAGCCGACGACUACCUGUGGGGCCUGGAUGGGGGCGAGGGCAUCAGUGACCUCUUCGACUCUUAUGACCUCGGGGACCUGCUGAUCAAUUGA